UAGAUGCUUUGUCAUCGUUUUCCAGCUAAUCCCACUUUUUCUUGCAAUAUUACGUGACACUUCUUGAUACGUAGUUGUUUAAAAUAAGUAUUUCAAAAUGUCACACGUUAAAAAGUAUUGCCCUAUAGUUGCCAGUACUUUGUUACCAAACAUUGGUGGAUGGGCUGGUAGUUACAUAACUAGAAAAAAUCUUAAUCCCUGGUAUGAGUCGCUAAAAAAACCUACUUGGACUCCACCAAAAUGGCUGUUUGGACCAGCUUGGACUAGUAUUUAUUGCUCCAUAGGUUAUGCGUCAUAUCUCGUUUACAGAGAUGGAGAUGGCUUUCAAGGAGCAGCUUUACCCUUGUCCAUUUACGGGUGUAACCUAGCACUGAAUUGGUCUUGGACACCAAUUUUCUUCGGAGCCCACAAAAUUAGAUGGGCCUUGUAUGAGAUUAUUAUUCUCUGGGGAUCAACGGCUGCAAUGGGUGUUGCAUUUUACAAAAUCAAUCCAAUUGCCGGCUAUUUGGUUAUUCCAUAUUUUGUAUGGAAUUCGUUUGCAGCAGCUCUUAAUUAUGUGAUAGACAGAGAAAACAAUGAAUCCUCCACUACAUCAAGUGAGAAGGAAAAAUAAUUUAACCAACCUUGUAGACAUAUUAGUUUUUUAUAAUUAUUGUUUAUUGUUGCGUAAAUGUUGUUUUAUAUUCUACAUUUUUGUUAACACAUUGUCUGGAGAUUUUACAUUGCACGCCUUUAAUAAACAAUGAGUUUCUGCUUAAGGUAAAUCUCCCGUUAGUAUACGUAUCCAGUAAGAAGACUUGAAUUUAAUAAAAUCAAACUAUUGAAUAUUCUUCAAAAUUAACAAUUUUUGUAUUUAAUUCAAUUCGGAAAAUUUACUCAAUUUCCAAAAUUAAAAAUUGUAAAGAACAUGGAAAACAAAUAAAUUUAUUACUGUUCUUUCAGUA